AAAGAAAUGAACGGGAAUAGAAAAUCAAAAUCGCUGCGCCUAGUGCGAUUCGGAGAAAUAUUCUAUGAUCAGCAGAAGCGUCUCAUAUUGAUAUGCCGAACCUGUCAGCGUCAUUAUUUGUGCCUGGACACCUUUCAGUCGCAUCUCAACAAAUGCAUUGGCAUCAGGCACAUAGUCACGUCGAUUAACGAGCUGCACUACGACGAAGCAAAACGAGAGACAAGAUUGAUCAAUGGCAAGCAAGAGCUGCACAUUUAUGAGCCGAGCGCAGUGCGUCAUGUGAACAGUGUCAAAUGUAAUAUUGACUGGGAAGCCGAGCUCGAGGAUCCGCGCUGGUAUACCGAGGAGAGUCGACCASUGCCCAACAACAACAAGGCGCACCAAUCGCCCACCAAUGCCAAAGAAAACGUAGCCAAAAGUCGCCCACGUCAUCCAACAGCAGAUGUCGAAAAGGCGAAGCGCUCGGAUUCAGAGUCGCCUGAAUCCUCCGCCAAGCGAAUGCGACAUUCCACGCCCAAGACUCCACGCACGAUUCUCACAAAUCAGCAGCAACACAAAUCGAGCGGCCCCUUACAAAUGCCCCCAAUGACAGCUAAUAUCAAAAACGAAAUAUAUACUGUGGAAAAUAUCGUUGAGGACUUGAGGCGUAUGGAUGCCAUCCGAGCUGCCGAAGCAGCCAAGGCAACAGCAGCAGCUGCAGCAGCAGCAACAACAGAAGGAGCAGCACCAGUAGCAACUAGUUGUCCAACAACAGUUGAAAAUCCAUCCCAGUCAACCACACAAGCAACGAGUCCAUCCAAAGGCGGCGACACACAGGAAAUACUGAACAAGCUGCGGGCUUGCGGCGUGGAGGUCAAACGUCGUAAUACACGAGAAAACACCGUUGAAAGCCCUACCCGGGGCGUGGAUCCAAAAAAGCAACUCGCUAUGGAUAUAAUGCGAAAAUUGCAAUCGAAUGGCAUCAAGUGCACCAAAGUCAAUAAUUCUAAGAAAUAAGAAAUUCAAUAUAUCUAUA